AUGAGUAUAAACUCAAUUGACUAUGAUCCAUUUGAGAAUAUUACUUCGAUAUUCCUCACCAAGGAUUCUUUGCAGGAUAUCGACUCGCUCCUAGCAACCACGAGGCAACAUAAGGUCCAGCUGCAAGAAGCUAUAACUAUUGCGAAAGAAGCUCAAAAACAUGAAAGUGGUCCUGUUGCUGAGAAGGGAGAGGCAUUGGAGGCUGUUGUCAGCAAUUUCAACACAACUCAAAAAAUUGCCUCGUCUACAGAGGCCACUAUCACUAAGCUAAUUAAGGGUUUGGUUCACUUAGACAAUGCGAAACAUAAUCUUACAAAUUCUUUGAAUCUUUUUCAGAACUUAAAAAUAUUGGUUGACAGUUAUUACGAAUGCUGUAACUUUUUAAAAAGGGUUACGUAUCUAGAGAUGGUGUCGCCAUACAGGAUUAUGUGUUCAUUGUCGGAAAACAUUUUCUCCUCCUAUAAGUCUGUCAGUGAAGUGAACAAGCUGCUUAAUAACAUUUCGAAGCUAAAGUCGGACAUCAUCAGCAAGAUAAAAAAGACGUAUACAAUCAUUCUAAAUGGGAAAUCAGAGGUCGACCCAUCUUUUGAAAAGCAGAUCAGGGAGGGUGCAUGCGAGCUGCUAGAUUCUAAUUCUAAGUCCAAGGAUGAAAUAAUUGAAUGGACUUUGAACAAACUAUUGUACGAAAUCAAACAAAUCUUCCAGUUUGAUGACGAGGCAGGCUCUUUGGAAAACCUGGAACGGAGGUACAUAUUUUUCAAGAAAGUGCUAAACAAUUUCAACUCCAAGUUUGCAUCAUUUUUCCUGCCGACAUGGGAAAUGCCUUUACAACUGGUUUCAAAAUUUUUUUCAAUGACAAGAAAGGAUUUAGACAUCUUAUUGAAGGUAGAGUUCAAAGACAGGACUCCCUCUAUUGAUCUUUUCAUGAAAUCAUUGCAAGUAACGCUGGAUUUUGAGAAGUACAUUGACGUUCGUUUUUCAAACAAAUUUAAAGAGGAAAGACUGAGCAAGUGUUUUGAACCGUAUCUGUCAUUAUGGGUAUCCCACCAGGAUGGAAUAAUGAACAAAAAAAUGCUUACGUAUAUGAGCGAAGAGAAGAUACCGAAAGAUCUGUCGCACUCUUUGGUUGUUCCCUCGACGGCUGAUAUGUUUAGAACAUAUAGAACAAUUCUUACUGAGACUUUGGAGUUGGUCGGAGAAAACAAGAACAAUACCAUCUUAGCGUCUUUAUCCAAGUUGUUCGCCAAAUGGCUGAUAGAGUACUCAAAUAGAAUUCUGAAACCUUUGCUAUUACCAGAGAAUGUAGAUAUUCAGGAGAAGUUUGAGGUUAUAAAAUACACGGUGUUGUUGAUAAACACGUGUGAUUAUUGCUCGACUACAAUUGACCAAUUGGAGGAAAAACUUUCUCUAUUCAGUUCCGGAUCAAGAAGCGUCUCAGACCCCUUUAUAAAGGCAAAGGAUGUUUACGAUGAGUUGAUCAGUAAUGGUAACAGACUUUUGCUGAAAAGGGUAGUUCCUAAGGAGCUGUCAUUUGCCUAUAAAGAGUUUGAUAAUACAGAUUGGGCGCAUGUGCUGGUAGAGGAUUACAGUAGGUAUAUGGUGACUCUCAAGAAAUUAUUGACGUUUACACUCCAAUCAACAUCAACUCACUCGCAGAAACCUUCUAGUAAAAACUUACUCGAAGAGAUUGUUAACUUGUUCAACAGGGAUGUCUACAAGUGGAAUUUCUUUGAUAGUUUCAUUGACCUCAUUACAACAACGUAUGUUGACUGUAUUAUUAGACUAUUACAGCCAUUGCCACCAUUUGCCUCAUCGAAUAGCCAAAGACGUUUGAGUACGAAGCAAGUCAUUAAUAUCGGUGAACAGCUGCUACUGGAUAUGCAAUUGUUGAAGCAGCUGCUCUCUUCCAUGUGUGAGAGUGUAGUAGGGCCGACAUCUUCUGAGAGUCCCUUUUUCAAGAGGGCCAAAAAUCAUCUAGACACCAAUUUGAACCAGCUUCUGUCCUUCAUCAAACUGUUAGUUGUUCCAUUGGAUUCACCUGAGGACUACUAUGAAACGUAUGGUCGACUUACUUUGGAUAACAGUGAUCCGAUAGUUUGGGCGUUUACGAUCAGUUUGAAGGGGGCACCUUGGGAUCUAGGUCUCUGGAAAAAGCACUGGGAGGUCUUUCACAGAAAAAUAGAAGGUAAGAACGAUAACGACACUGCAAGAGACUUUUUCAUCUACAGAUGGGAUCCCAAGCAUCUAUCUAGGUUUGAGGCAAAUAUUAGACGAAUCCAAGAUAGUACGUGGUCAGCUUUUUUCAGUGGUCAAUUGAAAAUCAAAACAAGCUCGACGCCGUCUACACGUCAUUAG